AUGUUUCGUAACCAGUACGAUAGCGAUGUCACCGUAUGGAGUCCUCAGGGUCGGUUACACCAAGUGGAUUAUGCUGUUGAAGCUAUGAAACAAGGAUCAGCCACUGUGGGAAUAAAAAGCGAGACGCAUGCUGUGCUGGCGGCUCUCAAGCGUGCCCAGAAUGAGUUAUGCUCCCAUCAGAAAAAAAUCUACGAGAUCGACACACAUGCGGGUGUCUCGAUUGCUGGUUUACUGUCGGAUGGAAGAAUUCUUGCUAGGUUCCUACAAACCGAAUGCUCAAGUUGGCGUUGGGAUUACAAGCAGCCCGUCCCGAUUUCUUCUCUUUCCGAUAGUGUGCAACUGAAACUGCAAGCUAAUACUCAGUACUACGGUAGGCGUCCAUUCGGUGUAGGAUUGCUGAUAGCCGGCUACGAUAAGGACGGCACCCAUAUUGUGCAAUCAGACCCUUCCGCUGAAGUAGUCGAAAUGUUUGCAUCUUCUAUUGGUGCUCGAUCUCAGUCAGCUCGCACCUACUUGGAAAGGCAUCUCGACAAGUUUAGAUUGGCAAAUGCUGAUGAAUUGAUCGAGCAUGCUUUGCUCGCUUUGCGAGAUACCCUUCCUGCUGAGGAGAAUCUGACCAGUCAAAAUACUUCCAUUGCGAUCGUCGGAAAAGGACAACCAUUUAAAAUCAUGGAUGAUUCGGAAGUGGCGCCACAUUUGUCAAAGAUCAGUAACACACCUCGUACUAUUGGACAACCUGAAGCUCCUCCGGCUGAACAAAUGCAGCUGUAG